AUGAAAAAGUUUGCUGAUGCACACAGGAGCUAUAGGAGCUUUGCUGUGGGUGAUUGGGUAUUUCUCAAGCUCCAACCUUAUAGACAAAUCAGUGUUUCCUCUUGCAAACCUCAUAAACUAUCUCCCAAAUACUAUGGACCCUAUCAGGUUUUAGAGAAGAUAGGAGAGGUUGCUUACAAACUUGCUCUUCCUGCACAAACUAAAAUCCAUCAUGUCUUCCAUGUUUCUCAGUUAAAGAAGAGAAUGGGCAUUGAUGUAGCUCUUCAGGUUGAUUUUCCUACCUAUGUUACAGAGGAAUCUUACUGGGAUUUAGUUAAACGUUUUCCUGCCUUUGACCUUGAGACAAAGUCCAAAUUAAGGGGAGAGAAUUUUUCAGGAGCUGGAGCAAGAAUUGAAGUUGAUACCCAGGCUGAAAACAGGCGAAGACAACAGAGCAGGAAUUGUUUGGAGGUACUGAUUGCUGAUGGUCAUACCGAAGUUUGUGUUUUUUUACCAUCUGAAUCUAUGGCUGCCGAAAACCAAAAAAAUUCUACCAAAUCUCUUACCAAUUUUUUAUUGAAUGGUGACAACUAUUUGCAAUGGGCUCGAAUUGUUAAAUUGGCGCUUGGAGGCGAAUCAAAACUUGAGCACAUUCUUGGCAGAGUUAAGUCUGUAGAUGAGACUUUAGAAACAGAAGGGAAGGAUGUUGAAUGGGCAGUCAAUGAUUUGCGGGUUAUGUCAUGGAUCCUAAACUCCAUGGAACCCAAAACCUAUGGUAUUUUUGCUUAUGCAAACACUGCUAAAGAAUUGUGA